UCCUCUUCCAGCUCCAGCCGGAGCAGCUGGACUGUGGAGCUGCUCACCUGCAGCACCCGCUAUCCAUCCUGCAGCCCCUGAAGGCCACACCCGUGUUCCGUGCCCCAGGCCUCACCUCCGUGGCCGUGGCCAGCGUCAACAACUACACAGCGGUCUUCCUAGGCACGGUCAACGGGCGGCUCCUCAAGAUCAACCUGAACGAGAGCAUGCAGGUGGUGAGCAGGCGGGUGGUGACUGUGGCCUACGGGGAGCCCGUGCACCAUGUCAUGCAGUUUGACCCAGCAGACUCCGGUUACCUUUAUCUGAUGACAUCCCACCAGAUGGCCAGGGUGAAGGUCGCCGCCUGCAACGUGCACUCCACCUGUGGGGACUGUGUGGGUGCGGCGGACGCCUACUGCGGCUGGUGUGCCCUGGAGACGCGGUGCACCUUGCAGCAGGACUGUGCCAAUUCCAGCCAGCACCAUUUCUGGACCAGCGCCAGCGAGGGCCCCAGCCGCUGUCCUGCCAUGACCGUCCUGCCUGCCGAGAUCGAUGUGCGCCAGGAGUACCCAGGCAUGAUCCUGCAGAUCUCGGGCAGCCUGCCCAGCCUCAGUGGCAUGGAGAUGGCCUGUGACUAUGGGAAAAACAUCCGCACUGUGGCUCGGGUCCCAGGCCCUGCCUUUGGUCACCAGAUCGCCUACUGCAACCUCCUGCCGAGGGACCGGUUUCCACCCUUCCCCCCCAACCAGGACCACGUGACCGUCGAGAUGUCUGUGAGGGUCAAUGGGCGGAACAUCGUCAAGGCCAAUUUCACCAUCUACGACUGCAGCCGCACUGCACAAGUGUACCCCCACACAGCCUGUACCAGCUGCCUGUCAGCACAGUGGCCCUGUUUCUGGUGCAGCCAGCAGCACUCCUGUGUCUCCAACCAGUCUCGGUGCGAGGCCUCACCAAACCCCACGAGCCCUCAGGAUUGCCCCCGGACCCUGCUCUCACCCCUGGCGCCCGUGCCCACGGGUGGCUCCCAGAACAUCCUGGUGCCUCUGGCCAACACUGCCUUUUUCCAGGGUGCAGCCCUGGAGUGUAGUUUUGGGCUGGAGGAGAUCUUCGAGGCUGUGUGGGUGAAUGAGUCUGUUGUACGCUGUGACCAGGUGGUGCUGCACACGACCCAGAAGAGCCAGGUGUUCCCACUCAGCCUCCAACUAAAGGGGCGGCCAGCCCGAUUCCUGGACAGCCCUGAGCCCAUGACAGUCGUGGUCUAUAACUGUGCCACGGGCAGCCCCGACUGUUCCCAGUGCCUGGGCCGCGAGGACCUGGGUCACCUGUGCGUGUGGAGCGACGGCUGCCGCCUGCGGGGGCCCCUGCAGCCCAUGCCUGGCACCUGCCCCGCCCCCGAGAUCCGCGCGAUUGAGCCCCUGAGUGGCCCGUUGGAUGGCGGGACCCUGCUGACCAUCCGAGGCAGGAACCUGGGCCGGCGGCUCAGUGACGUGGCCCACGGCGUGUGGAUUGGUGGUGUGGCCUGUGAGCCACUGCCUGACAGAUACACGGUGUCGGAGGAGAUUGUGUGUGUCACGGGGCCAGCCCCAGGGCCACUCUCAGACAUAGUGACUGUGAACGCCUCUAAGGAGGGCAAGUCCCGGGACCGCUUCUCCUACGUGCUGCCCUUGGUCCACUCCCUGGAGCCUCCCAUGGGCCCCAAGGCCGGAGGCACCAGGAUCACCAUCCACGGGAAUGACCUCCAUGUAGGCUCUGAGCUCCAGGUCCUGGUGAACGACACAGACCCCUGCACAGAGCUCAUGCGCACAGACACCAGCAUCACCUGCACCAUGCCUGAGGGGGCCCUGCCCGCUCCGGUGCCUGUGUGUGUGCGCUUCGAGCGUCGGGGCUGCGUGCACGGCAACCUCACUUUCUGGUACAUGCAGAACCCAGUCAUCACGGCCAUCAGUCCCCGCCGCAGCCCUGUCAGUGGCGGCAGGACCAUCACGGUGGCUGGUGAGCGUUUCCACAUGGUGCAGAAUGUGUCCAUGGCCGUCCACCACAUUGGCCGGGAGCCCACGCUCUGCAAGGUUCUCAACUCCACUCUCAUCACCUGCCCGUCCCCCGGGGCCCUGAGCAAUGCAUCGGCACCAGUGGACUUCUUCAUCAAUGGACGGGCCUAUGCAGACGAGGUGGCUGUAACUGAGGAGCUACUGGACCCCGAGGAGGCACAGCGGGGCAGCAGGUUCCGCCUGGACUACCUCCCCAACCCACAGUUCUCUACGGCCAAGAGGGAGAAGUGGAUCAAGCACCACCCUGGGGAGCCUCUCACCCUCGUCAUCCAUAAGGAGCAGGACAGCCUGGGGCUCCAGAGUCACGAGUACCGGGUCAAGAUAGGCCAAGUGAGCUGCGACAUCCAGAUUGUCUCUGACAGAAUCAUCCACUGCUCGGUCAACGAGUCCCUGGGUGCAGCCGAGGGGCAGCUGCCCAUCACAAUCCAGGUAGGGAACUUCAACCAGACCAUCGCCACACUGCAGCUGGGGGGCAGCGAGACGGCCAUCGUUGUGUCCAUCGUCAUCUGCAGCGUCCUGCUGCUGCUCUCCGUGGUGGCCCUGUUCAUCUUCUGUACCAAGAGCCGACGUGCUGAGCGUUACUGGCAGAAGACGCUGCUGCAGAUGGAGGAGAUGGAAUCUCAGAUCCGCGAGGAAAUCCGCAAAGGCUUCGCUGAGCUGCAGACAGACAUGACAGAUCUGACCAAGGAGCUGAACCGCAGCCAGGGCAUCCCCUUCCUGGAGUAUAAGCACUUCGUGACCCGCACCUUCUUCCCCAAGUGUUCCUCCCUUUAUGAAGAGCGUUACGUGCUGCCCUCCCAGACCCUCAACUCACAGGGCAGCUCCCAGGCACAGGAGACCCACCCACUGCUGGGAGAGUGGAAGAUUCCUGAGAGCUGCCGGCCCAACAUGGAAGAGGGAAUCAGCUUGUUCUCCUCGCUACUCAACAACAAGCACUUCCUCAUCGUCUUUGUCCAUGCGCUGGAGCAGCAGAAGGACUUUGCGGUGCGCGACAGGUGCAGCCUGGCCUCGCUGCUGACCAUCGCGCUGCACGGCAAGCUGGAGUACUACACCAGCAUCAUGAAGGAGCUGCUGGUGGACCUCAUUGACGCCUCGGCCGCCAAGAACCCCAAGCUCAUGCUGCGGCGCACAGAGUCUGUGGUGGAGAAGAUGCUCACCAACUGGAUGUCCAUCUGCAUGUAUAGCUGUCUGCGGGAGACGGUGGGGGAGCCAUUCUUCCUGCUGCUGUGCGCCAUCAAGCAGCAAAUCAACAAGGGCUCCAUCGACGCUAUCACGGGCAAGGCCCGCUACACACUCAAUGAGGAGUGGCUGCUGCGGGAGAACAUUGAGGCCAAGCCCCGGAACCUGAACGUGUCCUUCCAGGGCUGUGGCAUGGACUCGCUGAGCGUGCGGGCCAUGGACACUGACACGCUGACACAGGUCAAGGAGAAGAUCCUGGAGGCCUUCUGCAAGAAUGUGCCCUACUCCCAGUGGCCGCGUGCAGAGGACGUCGACCUCGAGUGGUUCGCCUCCAGCACACAGAGCUACAUCCUUCGGGACCUGGACGACACCUCCGUGGUGGAAGACGGUCGCAAGAAGCUUAACACGUUGGCCCAUUACAAGAUCCCCGAAGGUGCCUCGCUGGCCAUGAGUCUCAUAGACAAGAAGGACAACACACUGGGCCGAGUGAAAGACUUGGACACAGAGAAGUAUUUCCAUUUGGUGCUGCCCACGGACGAGCUGGCGGAGCCCAAGAAGUCUCACCGGCAGAGCCAUCGCAAGAAGGUGCUCCCGGAAAUCUACCUGACCCGCCUGCUCUCCACCAAGGGCACGCUGCAGAAGUUUCUGGAUGACCUGUUCAAGGCCAUUCUGAGUAUCCGUGAAGAUAAGCCUCCGCUUGCUGUCAAGUACUUUUUCGACUUCCUGGAGGAACAGGCUGAGAAGAGGGGAAUCUCGGACCCCGACACCCUACACAUCUGGAAGACCAACAGCCUUCCUCUCCGGUUCUGGGUGAACAUCCUGAAGAACCCCCAGUUUGUCUUUGACAUCGACAAGACAGACCACAUUGACGCCUGCCUCUCAGUCAUCGCGCAGGCCUUCAUCGACGCCUGCUCCAUCUCUGACCUGCAGCUGGGCAAGGAUUCACCAACCAACAAGCUCCUCUACGCCAAGGAGAUUCCUGAGUACCGGAAGAUCGUGCAGCGCUACUACAAGCAGAUCCAGGACAUGACGCCGCUCAGUGAGCAGGAGAUGAAUGCCCAUCUGGCCGAGGAGUCGAGGAAAUACCAGAAUGAGUUCAAUACCAAUGUGGCCAUGGCAGAGAUUUAUAAGUACGCCAAGAGGUAUCGGCCGCAGAUCAUGGCCGCGCUGGAGGCCAACCCCACGGCCCGGAGGACACAACUGCAGCACAAGUUUGAGCAAGUGGUGGCUUUGAUGGAGGACAACAUCUACGAGUGCUACAGUGAGGCCUGAGACACAUGGAGAGCUGGGCAGGCUGCUGCGGGGAGAAACGGACGCCCCUGGGCCUCAACUUGAUCUUCUACCCCGUGUCUGUGACUCACGCUGGGGAAUACUGAGCAGAGACGUCUGGGGCAUGGGCAGGAGGAGGGGCUGCUCUUAGCCAGGCAGGGGCGCCCCAGCCCUGACCCCUGGGCACCUCCAUCCCCUCCCACCUAUCCCCGGAUCAGUCUCCGGGACGGGGGCCAGAGAGCUGGUCAGACUCUCCCGUCUGCCCAGCAUGGCCUGCACUGUGCCCACCCACUCGCUUCACAGCCUCCAGCUGGUCCUGCUGCCGAGAGCCCCGCGCAUCCAGGCAGCCAAGCACAAAGAAGGGGAGAGGAGGCCACCAGCCCGGAGGCUGCAGCCCAGAAACUCUACCUCAUCCACACUGGUGCAGGGAGCCCUCCUUGAACCGACCUUUGAUUGGUUUCUGCUUCAACCCCCAAAAUGUUAUCUCCACUUCCCCCUCACCCAAAGAGGAUCCUGGCCAGACAGUUUCAAGUAGUGUCAGAUUUUUGUUGCUUGGGCGGCUGUUGGUAGAGUGGGCAGUGCCCGUGCCAUGGGGUGCUCUGUGGGCUCCUCCAGGAGCAGGGAGGGGGGAGGGGAGGGGAGGGGCGGGGGGCACAGGAGCUGGGAGCCCCAUCUCCAGGGAAAGGAGAGGGGUUAAGAUGCACCAAGGCUGUAGCUGGGCUACUUGAUCUUGCUGAAAGUGUUUCUAAAGAUAGCACCACUUUUUUUUUUUUUUUUUUUAAAAAGCUUUUAUAUGUUAAAAAAAGUAUCAUGCACCAACUGUGAAUAGCUGCCGCUUGCGCAGAGGACCCGGGGAGGGGUCCCGAGAGGCUCCCCAUGCAACACUGGAAAUGACUGUUCCAGAGAGCGGGCAGACCUGGCAGAGCGCCCCUGGCGCCUGAGACCGCCACCCAUUCCACUCCUGCCAGAAGCGACCCUCUGUGGCCGAUGGGCCAUGCAAGCCCCUUGCAGCCAACUCAGCCAGUGUUGGGACUGGCUCAGAGCCCAUGGGGGCUGGAGGGGGGCCGUCGGGACUCUGGAAUCUUCUUUAUAAUAAAAGCCUGACAGACAAACCUA